CGAACUCGAACUCAGUCGCAAGAGAAUGGAAGCGAGACCUCAACACCCACCACGUGCUGAGGACGACCAUCAACGCGCAGACCAAGAAAUGGAAGAACAAGGAGAAGAAAAGCAUCAAGUUUCUGCUGGGCCUCCGCCUUCUUCAUCCCGCUCUGAUCCCAGACCCACAACGCCGCCGGGCCCCGGAGGUGGCGAGCCGCCGUCUCCGAUGCAGUCGCCGCUCCACCCGAUCGAUUCGGCCUCCGACUCGUCCCUCUCCUCGGACCAGAGCUCCAUCAGCCGGUUAUCCUCCCCGCGGGAAGACGGCCGCGGCAAGUCGCCCCCACCCGCCACCGCGGACCCGGAUUCCCCGCCGCAGGCGCAGCCGCUUCCGCUGGCGGCGGCGGUUUCCGUGAGGCGGUCUGUGAGGGAUGGCCCGGGCCCGCUGACCGUGGUGGAUCUGGGUGCCGAGAGCGAGCAGGUCAAGCAAGAAAGCGGCGUCGAAGCCGGAGCCGGAGCCAGCGACCUCCCCGCUGGCAGCGGCGGAGGAGGCAGCGGCGGUCGUGGGAGGGUGAGGCCGAACCUGUCGAUACUGAGGAGGACCAGGAGAGAGCGCACGGUGAGGAGGGCGCUGUUGGUGCUGAGAGUGUGUGGGCUCGUGUUGUGCUUGGUGUCUUUCUCUGUUAUGGUGGCUGAUAAGAACCAGGGUUGGGCUAUUGAUUCCUUCUACCGAUACAGGGAGUUCAGGUACAUAGCAGCAGUGAAUGGGAUAGGAUUUUUGUAUUCAGGGCUGCAAGCUUGUGAUGUUUCUUAUUUCUCAGCCACCGGAAAGAGUGUCGCUCGGUUCCCUCUCCGGCAUUACCUGGACUUUUUCCUGGAUCAGGUAAUGAGUUAUCUGCUGUUAUCGGCAUCAUCAUCAGCCGCAACGAGAGUCGAUGACUGGGAAUCGAACUGGGGAGAGGACAAGUUCCCACAGAUGGCAACUGCAUCCGUGGCUCUCUCCAUCCUGGCUUUCAUGGCCUUUGCUCUCUGCUCCAUCAUCUCCGGUUACACGCUUUGUACCCUCCGUUCCUCGUAAUCGAUCAAAACAGAUGAAUGACCUGCCUACUUUUAUUUUCUUAUGUUGUUCAAUUUCCUGUGUAUGUAUGUAUUAAAUCUACUCAAUGCAGUUU